AUGAUGGUGUACCUGUGUCUAAGGCGCGUUAUUGUGCCUGCGCUUAGAUCUGUUCACUGUGUGGGUCUCAGAGCUGGAAUGAAGAUAUCAUGCAUUCAUCACGCCAGAGAGGACAAACCUGAUCUGGACUCAGUUGUGACAUAUAAACAGCUUAAGGUGAUGCUGGCCAGUCACAAUGUCCAGUUAUUUGACGUCCGAAAUCCAGAUGAGUUCCAGGCAGGCCGCAUUCCUGAUUCUGUCAAUAUUCCAUUGGGACAGCUUGAGGACUCAUUAAAGCUUUCUCCAGAGCAAUUUGAAAAGCUUUUCAAGGUGAAGGCCCCCAAAAAGGAGGAUGACAAUAUAAUUUUUCAUUGCCAAAGAGGUCGUAGGAGUUUAACGGCUCUUAAAACUGCCUGGAGUCUGGGAUUCAGCAGAGCACGUCACUACGCAGGAGGAUACAGUGAAUGGGCUGAGAAAGAGAAACAGUAG